AUGUUGCGCUUGAAUGCCUAUAAGUUUUUAAUUAGAAGAAAAUCAAAUGAAGCAAUAGACUCUUUAAUAACUUUCUAUUUUUAUUCCAGUGAACUCGAUACAACGACAGCAGAUAGCGAACUUGAAUCAAGUGCACUAUCAACAUCAAUUUCUAAUAAAAGUUUUAAUCGAAGUACAAGCAAUCCAGAUUUAUCUCCAUCAUCGAUCAGUAAUAAAUCGUUCUCAACGUCGUUAUUAACAACAUUUAAUGGAACAAUUAAUGAUGAAGAUAAUUCCACGUUUGUUGUUAAAGUCUAUCGCAGUGAUCAGUCGUACAAAUAUUUUCCCGUGCUUAAAGAUACAACCGCUAAACAAGUUGUUAUGCUGGCUAUAACUGAAUUUAGUAUUGUCGAUCAAAGCAGGUAUUAUUCAUUGUGUGAAGUCUCUGUGGAAAAUAAUGUUAUCAAACAAAAACGUCUACCAGAUCAUAUUGAUAAUUUACCUGAACGUCUUCCAAUAAAUGCUCGUUACUAUCUAAAAAAUAAUCUUUCAACUGAAACUCUUGUGCCGGAUCAUUUAUCGAAUGAAUUCAUACGUGAAGCACGUAUUCAUUUUCUUCAAUUAGAUGCUCUGGAAGUUUGUGCACAAUUAACAUUAAGAGAUUUUUCUAUGUUUAAAUCAAUUCAAGCAACAGAAUAUGUUGAUCAUAUAUUUAAAGUAAAAUCACCGUAUGGUAUACCACAUCUAGAGAAAUUUCUUCGACUACCCAACGAAGAAACGUAUUGGACUAUUACUGAGAUCAUACGGGAAACUAAUUUACUGCAACGAUCAAAAGCGAUUAAACAUUUUAUUAAAAUAGCAAAAUCCUGUAAAGAUAUGAAAAAUUUUAAUUCGAUGUUUUCAAUCGUCAGUGGACUUGAUCAUAAAACUGUUCAACGUUUACAAGCUACAUGGGAACGCGUACCGGAAAAAUAUAAAAAAUUAUUUGAGGAACUUAAAUCACUACUUGAUUUAUCUCGAAAUAUGUCUGUCUAUCGCAACUUAUUAAAAAAUGACUUAAUUGUACCACCUAUCAUUCCCAUGUUUCCAAUUUGUAUGAAAGAUUUAACAUUUAUUAAUUUGGGCAAUCAAUCAGACGAUGAUAAUUUGAUUAAUUUUGAAAAACUUCGUAUGAUUGCAAAAGAAAUUCGCUAUAUAAUGAAUAUGGCAUCAUCACCAUAUGACAUGUCAAAUAUGUUUGAUUCGCCCACAUCUCAUUCGCAAGUUUUCGCUGGUUUUGGUCAUCAAACAAUAGCAGAUUCAUUUGGAACAAUGCGGCGGCAUCAUACAGGCACUCGUUUAUCUGCUUCUGCGAAUGCUAAACGAAUUUAUGAUGAAGCUUUAAUGGUCAAAAAAGUGAAAGCAUAUUUGAAUAAUGCUGAAAUAAUUGAGGAUGAAGAUCGUUUAAUUGCAUUAGCCAAUCAAUGUGAACCUGCUGCUACACUUAAACGACGUCCAUCUCCUUCAACUUCGAGUUUAUCAUCGAAUUCAUCUGGUGACCGUCGUACUGGCACCAUACAAUUAACGAAAUUUGGCACACAAUCACCGGACGCUGUGAAUAAAUUACUUCGUCUAUCGGAUAGUAGUCAUCAGACAAAAGCUCGAGCACCAAUAAAACCAAAUCCUAAUUCAAGCAGUUCAAUUUUUCGAAACACAUCGCCAUUAAGAGGCAAUCCGAUGGCAUCAACAGCGCUAACAUCAGUUAGUGAAACAACCCAAAGUAAUAGCCGUCGCCAUCAACAUAUGAAUAAAAUGCGUGAUGCAAAUAAAUUAACGAGUGAAAGUUCAAGUCUAAAUUUUAAACCAGUAUCAUCAACAGUUUAUGUUCGAUCGCAGAUCACAUCAAAUCCAAAUAACAAUGAUUUACCUAAAAGUACUGAUUCAGGAAAUGUUAGUCCUCAUUCAACAGAUACAUAUAUUGGUAGUGAGAAAAGUGAAAAAUUCAUUAAUAGUUUAAUAUCUGAUGAAUAUUCAUCGAUGAAAAAUCGACACAAUUCAAUGUCAAAAAAUCAACAUAAUGACGAUCCAAGACCGAUAAUAAUACGUAAUUGGAUGCAACGAUCGAAAUCUCAAACUGAAAUAAAUGCGCAUCCAGAAGAACCACCUGUCGACUACGACGAUGCUGAACAAGUAACAGCAGUUUAA